UUUUAUUUUCCCGUACUAAUAAAAUGCAAUACAAAGCUAGGUAUGGCUGAGAGGGUUGUUUCGAUAAUAUUAUAAAGGAAGAUGAAAGCGCACCUGUCCUUUUUACUUUUUCUCUUUUAUUCCUUCAUUCCAGUCUCAUCACUUUUACACACACACGCUCUCUUUUUAAUACUCUGCAUUUCAUUUUUCAUUUGCAUUUUGCAUUCAUAUCCUCAUUUCAUAGCCUUUCACAGCCUUUCAAAACCUCAUUUAUAUACGCUUUUAUAGAAACAACAAUCUAUAAUAACAACUUGCUUUUUAUAUAUAUACACAUAUAUUUUUACACAUAUCCUAUUUAUUGCAUUUCCAA